GGUCACAAAUAAGAUGAUGGUUCCAACACUCAAAGAGGCCUCUUGUUGCUGAUCAAAUGGCAGAGCCAAUUGAAGGUUUGCAGGCUAAAAGGAAGGCACCGAAAGGCCCACGGAGAUUCAUCGGAGUCCGGCAGAGACCAUCAGGAAGAUGGGUGGCCGAGAUCAAGGACUCAUUGCAAAAGGUCAGGCUGUGGCUCGGCACGUUCGACACUGCAGAGGACGCAGCACGGGCAUAUGAUGAAGCAGCUCGUGCCCUUCGAGGUGCCAAUGCUCGAACCAACUUCGAGACAGCAGUGGGUGGUUCAGGCCCCAACAGUGCUGUUAGUGAUUUACCUGAGAAUUUGGAACCAUUUUCAUUUGAGGAUGGGUGUGAAGCAACAGGAGGCCUGCUCGAUGCACUCAAGGCUAAGCUUCUUGAUGGGAAGACGGUACGAGUGUGGGGAAAGGAUCCAAGUAUGAGAUCCUGUAUCGCUAUUAGUCCUAGCUUUAAUAUAGAGCAACGUCGUGGUAGUGCGAACAUCGAACAAGGCCCUAGCCCUGUACGAGGGUCUGAUAAGGCCAACAUGGGAACACGAGUGCCGGUUGGCCCAGUUGAGGUAAUACAGCCUGAUAAGACCAGAUGGAACCAUUGCCCCUCAACAUCAACUACCAGCAACGGGGUAGGCGAGGCAUGUACAAUGGUGUCAUAUGAUGCUCGGUCAUUGUUACCUGGUGAUGAGAAUAGUUGGUUGAUGCCUACAAUGCCCAUCGGAGAAGGCACAACAGCAGAAGCAAUGACAGCCAUGUCAUUUCCCGACAAAUGUCUAGCACCGCCUGCAAAGAAGGGGAAGAUGAGUGUUGCAGAAGUGCCGGUGUUGCUGCCACAGCCUGCCCAGUCAUGUGGAGAUAUGGGAGGCACUUGGUCAUCUGAAGACUGCUUUGUGGACUGUGAGAACGGAUGGGAGGGUGCCAAUGGGUCCUGGGACCCACUGCUAUACUCCAUGCUUAGGUAGGUAGUCCUGCAAAUUUGCUCUACAGUGACAUCAAAGAGCAUUUUGCGAUGAAACAUGACAUGUUUCAAAUCAUUAUUGAUGAGGUUCUAGAGUUAGAUUCUUGAAAUUGGGACUAAAUACUGCAUGAAUUUAAGUUUGAUAACAUGUUUGGGCCUAUGGCAUACAAACAUAAGCAUACAUGAUGUAGAGAUAUCACAUGCAAUUCAUCUCCCAUUGUCUUCCCUUA